AUGGUUGGCAGGAACAAAAGGAGCGUUCUUGGAAGCAAGACAAACUCCUCCAACACCACCACCAUAGUCGAAUAUCGCCCAGAACACGGAGCCAUCAACGCUCCAAUCGUCUCGUCCUACAACGACCGAAUCCGCCCAUUGCUCGACGCAGUCGACCGUCUCCGCCACCUCAAAAUCAUGCAGGAAGGCAUCCAGCUCCCGACCAUCGUGGUCGUUGGCGACCAGUCCUCCGGCAAAUCGAGCGUUCUCGAGUCCCUCGCCGGCAUCAGCCUCCCCCGCGGCCAGGGCAUAUGCACCCGCGUCCCCCUAAUCAUGCGUCUCCAGCACCACCCCAGCCCCGAACCCGAGCUCUUCCUAGAAUACGCCAACCGCGUAGUCCCCACCGAUGAAGCUCGUGUCUCGGACGACAUCGUCAUCGCCACCGACCAAGUCGCCGGCACCGGCAAGGGGAUCUCCAACGAACCCGUCACCCUCGUCGUGAAAAAGCACGGCGUGCCCGACCUCACCAUGGUCGACCUGCCCGGGAUCACUCGCGUGCCCGUCCACGGCCAGCCGGACGACAUCUACGAGCAGAUCUCCAAGAUCAUCAAGGAGUUCAUCACGCCAGACGAGAGCAUCAUCUUAAACGUCCUCUCCGCCAGCGUGGACUUCACGACGUGCGAGUCCAUCCGCAUGUCCCAGCAGGUCGACCGUACGGGACAGAGGACGUUAGCCGUCGUGACCAAGGCCGACAAGGCCCCUGAAGGGCUGCUCGAGAAGGUGACCUCGGAUGACGUCAGCAUCGGCCUUGGAUACGUCUGCGUGCGCAACCGAGUCGGGGACGAGACGUAUGAGAAGGCCCGGGAGAAGGAAGCCGAGCUAUUCGAGACGCACCACCUCUUGUCUGGGAUAAGCCGAUCGAUGGUCGGGAUUCCUGUCCUGGCACAAAGGCUUGUACAGAUCCAGGCAAGCCUCAUCGUCAAGUGCCUGCCUGACAUUGUAAGGAAAGUCAACGACAGGCUGUCGUCCAACAUGGACGAGUUGAGUAAACUGCCGCGGAGCAUGAACUCGAUUGUCGAGGCCAUGACGGCCUUCGUCCAGAUUCUAGGCAAUGCUAAAGAGUCCCUCAAAAAGAUUCUGCUGAGGGGAGAGUUUGAAGAGUACCCAGAUGAGAUGGAGAUGCACUGCACGGCCCGCCUGGCUGAGAUGCUCAACGCCUACUCUGAAGAAAUCCAGGCCAAGUGCUCCCAAAAUGAAACGAAGGACAAGUUUUUGCUCGAUGAGAUUAGUGUGUUGGAGGAGACGAAAGCCAUCGGGCUCCCGAACUUUCUUCCAAGGACAGCUUUUCUCACACUGCUGCAGAGAAAAGUGAAAAAUGUGUCAUUCACGCCGUUUGAGUUUGUUGACAAAACGUGGGCCUACAUCGAGAACGUGGUCGUCUCGGUUCUGACGAAGCACUCGGACAACUACCCGCAGCUGAUGUCAUCCACGAAGCGGGCUGCUCAGAACUUGUUGGCCAUGAAGAAGAAGCAAUCGGAGGAUUGGGUAGUGGAUGUGGUUGAGAUGGAGAAGAUGACGGACUACACUUGCAAUCCCGAGUAUGUGGAUUUGUGGAGCAAGCUCAUGGCCCACAACAACACGUUUGUGGAGAUUCUGACCGACAACUCGAAGCCGACGGAGAUGACCAUUGCUGGAUAUGGGAAUGUCGAUGUUUUGCAUUUGAGGGGUCGGGCAGAGGUCGUGCAGGAGGCGUUUGACCUCAAAAUGAGACUGACGGCCUACUGGAAGAUUGUUUUGAGAAGGCUGGUUGACUGCAUGGCCUUGCAUUUGCUGUUUAGUAUACAGAAUCUGGUGAACAAGGAAAUGGAGGCGGAGAUUAUUAAUGAAGUAAUUGGUCCGGAAGGGAAGGGGCUGGAGAGAAUGCUGGAGGAGUCACCUGCAGUGGCCGAAAAACGCAAGAGGCUCAAUAAUAGUGUCAAAUUGCUCAAAGAGUCUAAGGAUGUGGUGGCCAAGAUCAUCGAUAAUAUUUCUGGUAUUAGUAUGUGA